CUCCGCCCUGGCCACCUGACAGCGAGCUGUUGUGUCCCGAUUUGAGAGCGGUUUGCAUCGGGAGCAGUGGGUGGGAAACGUCUCCGUUAAACUCCCCUCCAGUCUGAGCUGUGAAUGACUAGUCGCGGUGGCCAAGGACCAGGGCAGGGACAACGCCUGCUCUCUCUCUAUCUCUAUCUCUCUCAUCGAGAUAGGAAGCAGCACUGAACGAGGCAGCAUCUCCCACUGGCCCGGCAGCGCACAGCUCGAUCUUCAGCAAGGAGAUGAAGCUCACUCAGGGGCUCGCUGGUCUGCUCUGGUUCCUGCUCUUCCAUCUCCGGACGGUGGGUGGGAAAGUGGUCAAGGAUUUCCAGGAAUGCAGCUGGUUCUUCCAGGGUAAGGUCCCACCCCAGGGAUUCGAAAACAACAGCUCGGACAACCUGGUCAGGAUCUGCCAGAAAUACAAGGACCACUAUCAUUUCGCCACGUUGUACCGGACGGACCUGCGGACCCCGGUCUAUUCCGCCUACAGGUAUCCCUGCUCCAUGGGCGAGGAGGAAGACGCUCACAAACCCAGUCCGUGGUUUCAGGAACCGCAGAUCGAUGAUCUAAGUUUACCGGAUGAGAUGGUGAACAACAUAAAUUCUCAUGGUGAACUGCAGGCGUUGAACUCAGACUAUGAGGACGAAGAGUACCAACAAGGACAUAUGUAUCCAUUCAGUCUUAACAACAAGACAAGUGCCACAAGCACCUGCACGCUUACCAAUGCAGUCCCCAUGACCCAGGGGGCCAACAUGAACUGGUACCAUGAGGCGGAGGCUGUUGUUGCAAAGCUGGCGAGAACAUGCCAUAAAUCCGGCCGGUUGAUGUACCUAGUGACAGGAUCUGCCAAUCCCACAGAGAAGAAACUGAAGAACAGGGUUUCAGUACCUGGAUCGGUCUGGACAACCUUCUGCUGCACCUUCCCGCAGGAUCAGAAUAACGACCCCUGUCAGAGUAGCCCCGUGAAUGAAGAAUUGGAAGGAGAGCACGAAGUGACGUACGACAAAGACUUUUCUUACGCAUUUAUGAAAGACUUGGAGUCUGAGGCAAAAGCAGAAUAUCUAACAGUGUCGGAGGUUCAGCAUAGACUGGGUGUGGACAAUAUCUUUAACGGCUGUGGUACAGAUAGCCAAGAUGAGGGAGAGAUUUCUAAAGAGAUAGAAGAGCUGAUAAAUCAAAUUAAAAUGAAUAUAGAUGGUCAGGAGAUAAAAGAAGACAUUGUACCACAAAUGCCUUCAGAAGAUAACAUUGCAACUGAUGAUGAUGACUUGGUGAUGAAACAAAAUGAAACCCCAUUGGAACAGACCAGGGAAGAGAUUAACGAGGCCAUUUCGCCAUCUAUCAUAAGCAUACUGUUGGCUCCCUUUGAAAUGUUUGCCAACGCAACAAUGACCUUGGCCCAUCUCGUUGCAGCUGUUCUCCGCGUUUUCCAAGUUUUGGCAGUAACAUGUUUAAGGAUUCCUUUCGGGAUCAUCUACGACAGUGCCAGCUGUCUCGCCAUCAUGGCUAAAUAUUUAUUUGUCACGGUCUUCUCAGUUCCACAAGAUCUCUUGAGCAUUAUGUUCAGCAUUGCAUCAGACACUGCUAAUGCCAUCUCCUGUGUUGGCAGGUUGUUCAAAUAUCUUGUCAGAAUUUUAUAAAUGUUUGUGCAGAGACUGGUGGUUUGUGAAGGGUUUGACUUUGAUAUGGAGAGACUGUUUGUUAAUCGGUCCCAACUUCCAGGGGUCACUGAUGAUCACUACGACAGGAUUCUACUCUUGACCAGUAAAUGAAAUGCUAUCCUUAGCCUUCACGUAUAGCAGGAAGAUUUUCUUCAGUUUUAAUAUUGGUUGACAUAUACCCCUCGCUAAUAUGGAUUAUCUAAUCAUUGGAGUGCUGUUUGAGAGCUUGUUGUGUUCAAAGUGGCUGCUGCAUAACAUAUAUCUCAACGAGGACUACACUUCAUAUCUCUGUUAUGAAACAUUAACAAUGUUCUUUCUCUUUCCGCAGAUGCUGC